AUGGCUCAGAUAUAUCAAAAACCCGUCGGGGGGUCAUUUCCAUCUGUUCCUACAAAUAUUGAGACGUUUUUAGAAAGACACAUAAUUUCACUGCGUGGUACAUCUCUUUUACGGUCUUCACAUCAAAAUGUAUUUUUAGACAGCCUUCAAUUACAUGCAAAUAAUAACAGCCAUCAAACUGAAAAUGAAGUCCAAAACGCAGAUAUUAUCAAUGAUCAAAGUGAAAGAGAAGACUUAGUACCACAAAUAGAUAAUGUUAGUAAUAUUCAAAGUGACAAUUUAAAUGAAGAAGACACAGCAGUAGAAAGUUGGAAACGUAGAUCUAAAAAACAAAGGACUACAAAAUCAUACCUUGUUCCUAAUCCUCAUUUAAAGCAUUUGGACAUAAAUAAAUCGAAAAAUAUAUUAUCAUUGCCAUUAUUAAAAAAUGGAUCUAGAGCAGAGGAACUAAAAAGUCGUGCUGUCCAAAGCAUUGGGAAAAUAAUUAUGAGCAACACUUGUGUGUUUGAUACGGUUUCCUCCAUUAUUAUGGUUGCUUAUUGUGAUAGUAUCAAAUACAGUCAAGAAUUAAACAAUUAUUUGGAAAAUAAUGAAUAUUUUUCAUUUAUAUCAAAAAUUGUAAGACAAGGUAUUACAUCGUCAACUUAUUCAGAUAGAGCUAGUAUAAUGGUUGGUAUUUAUAUUGAAAUACAUACAUACUUUAAAAUUUUAUUUUAUUUUUUUGUUUAA